GAGACCCACUGCCCCCCCCACCCCCAGCUCCCAGACCUCUGAACAGUCUUCGGCUUGGAGGAACUGCCCCCCGCCACGCCUGAUUCUCGCCACAGAGAGGCGGGUAGAUUCUGGCUGCCGCCCCCCAUCUGUUCUCUCACCCCAAAUUUGGGAGUGUGUGUCGGGUUCCCGGCGAGGGCGGGACUUAGGUGGCCGGGCUUGAAGGACGUGGGGACACGGCCAGAGCAACUGGCCCCACAAGCGGACGGGAGCAAAGCCCUUCUGUGCUGACCAACCCCCAGGAUGGCGGAAGCGCACCAGGCUGUGGCCUUCCAAUUCACAGUGACCCCAGAAGGGGUCGACUUCAGGCUCAGCCGGGAGGCCCUGAAACAUAUCUACCUGUCCGGGAUCAAUUCCUGGAAGAAACGUCUGAUUCGCAUCAAGAAUGGCAUCCUCAGGGGGGUGUACCCUGGCAGCCCCACCAGCUGGCUGGUUGUUGCCUCGGCAACAGCGGGUUCCUCCUACUACAACGUGGACAUCUCCAUGGGGCUGGUCAAUCACAUCCAGAGAUGUCUUCCUGAGAGAUAUGGCCCCUACUGGACCCCACAGACCCGGGCACUUCUCAGCAUGGCUGUCGUCUCCACGGGGGUCUGGAUGAUAGGCAUCUUCUUCUUCCGCCAAACCUUGAAACUGCUGCUUUCCUACCACGGUUGGAUGUUUGAGAUGCACGGCCAGAGCAGCCGCGUCACCAAAGUCUGGGCUAUCUGUGUCCGCCUUCUGUCCAGCCGGCGGCCCAUGCUCUACAGUUUCCAGACAUCUCUGCCCAAGCUUCCUGUGCCCAGCGUGCCAGCCACGAUUCAUCGGUACCUAGAAUCUGUGCAGCACUUACUGGAUGACGAGGAAUACAGCCGGAAGGAAAUGCUGGCCAAGGAGUUCCAGGAGAAGACUGCCCCCAGGCUGCAGAAGUACCUGGUACUCAAGUCAUGGUGGGCGACUAACUAUGUGAGUGACUGGUGGGAAGAGUACGUCUACCUUCGAGGCAGGACCCCCCUCAUGGUGAACAGCAACUAUUACGUCAUGGACCUGGUGCUCAUGAGGAGCACAGACGUGCAGGCGGCCCGCCUGGGGAACGCUGUCCACGCCAUGAUCAUGUAUCGCCGUAAACUGGACCGCGAGGACAUCAAGCCUGUGAUGGCUCUAGGCAUCGUGCCCAUGUGCUCCUACCAGAUGGAGCGGAUGUUCAACACCACGCGGAUCCCGGGGAAGGACACAGACACACUGCAGCACCUCACAGACAGCAGGCACGUGGCCGUCUACCACAAGGGCCGCUUCUUCAAGGUGUGGCUCUACGAGGGCUCCCGACUGCUCAAGCCUUGCGAGCUGGAGCUGCAGUUCCAGAGGAUUCUGGACGACCCCUCCCCACCUCAGCCUGGGGAGGAAAAGCUGGCAGCCCUCACUGCAGGGGGAAGAGUGGAGUGGGCGCAGGCACGCCAGGCCUUCUUCAGCUCUGGCAAGAACAAGUUUGCCCUGGAUGCCAUCGAGCGCGCUGCUUUCUUUGUGGCUCUGGACGAGGAGUCUCACCACUAUGACCCGGAAGACGAGGCCAGCCUCAGCCUCUACGGCAAGGCCCUGCUGCACGGCAACUGCUACAACAGGUGGUUUGACAAGUCCUUCACCCUCAUCGCGUUCAAGAAUGGCCAGCUGGGCCUCAACACCGAGCAUGCGUGGGCAGACGCCCCUAUCAUUGGGCACCUCUGGGAGUUCGUCCUGGGCACGGAUACCUUCCACCUGGGCUACACAGAGACGGGGCACUGUCUGGGCAAACCAAACCCUAUGCUGGCACCCCCUCAGCGGCUGCAGUGGGACAUUCCUGAGCAGUGCCAGGCGGUCAUUGAGAGUUCCUACCAGGUGGCCAAGGCGCUGGCGGACGACGUGGAGCUGUACUGCUUCCAGUUCUUGCCCUUUGGCAAAGGCCUCAUCAAGAAGUGCCGCACCAGCCCCGACGCCUUCGUGCAGAUCGCCCUGCAGCUGGCCUACUUCCGGGACAGGGGCAAGUUCUGCCUGACCUAUGAAGCCUCGAUGACUCGAAUGUUCCGGGAGGGACGGACAGAGACCGUGCGGUCCUGCACCCGCGAGUCCACAGCCUUCGUUCAGGCCAUGGUGGAGGGGCGCCGCGUGAAAGCAGACCUGCAAGAUCUGUUCCGGAAAGCUGCCCAGAAGCACCAGAAUAUGUACCGCCUGGCCAUGACCGGGGCUGGGAUCGACAGGCACCUCUUCUGCCUUUACGUGGUCUCCAAGUACCUGGGGGUCAGCUCCCCUUUCCUGGCUGAGGUGCUCUCAGAACCCUGGCGCCUCUCCACCAGCCAGAUUGCCCAAUUCCAGAUCCGCAUGUUUGACCCAAACAAGUACCCCAAUCACCUGGGUGCCGGCGGCGGCUUUGGCCCUGUGGCCGAUGACGGCUACGGGGUCUCCUACAUGAUCGCGGGCGAGAACACCAUCUUCUUCCACGUCUCCAGCAAGUUCUCAAGCUCAGAGACGAACGCCCAGCGCUUCGGGAACCACAUCCGCCAGGCUCUGCUGGACCUCGCCGAUCUCUUCCAAGUUCCCAAAGCUGACAGCUGAGGGCUGGAGAAACACCAGAUGCCCUUUUGGCCCCGCAUCGUGGAGGAAGGGGCCUGUGGUCAGCUCGCAGGCACAGGGGUGGCCGUGCGCAGGUGCCCAGGCUCCAAGGACACCUCUGGUAGCAGCUGCUGCCUGGGCAGGGCUGCUCCCAAGGGCUCAGUGGUGGAAGUCGGGCUGCAGCAGGGAGGGAAUCUUGAUUUUUUUUUUUUCUUGCUAGAUGCUAAUAAAAAUAAGUUUGUAUAAUUCUA